ACCACUUGAAUGUUCACAAGCUGAUUACCCACAAGUUGAACAUCAAAGAAGACAGCAAUGCAGGGGCCCUAUAAGCCUAUCUCUUUUCACACUGGCAAUCAUAGCAAUCAUAGGAAUUGCCAUUGGUAUUGUUACUCAUUUUGUUGUUGAGGGUGAUAAGUCAUUCUACUAUCUUGCCUCUUUUAAAGCUACAAAUAUAAAAUACAGAGAAUGUUAUGGAAUGAGAACCUCAAAACAGUUUACAGAAAGGAGUCAUCAGAUUGAGAGAAUGAUGUCUAGGAUAUUCCAACAUUCUGGAGAGGGUCGGUUUAUCAAAUCUCAUGUUAUCAAAUUAAGUCCAGAUCAAAAUGGUAUGAACAUUCUUAUGGUGCUUGUGUUUCGAUUCCCAUCUACUGAUAGCGCUGAGCAAGUCAGGAAAAAAAUUGAAAGGAUUCUAUUUCAAAGUCUGAAGAGAGAACCAAUGCCUUUGACUAUACACAAACCAUCAUUUACACUCACAUCUAUCGACAACAAAAAGAUGAGGAAUCUUCUCAACAGUCGCUGUGGAAUAAGGAUGACACCUUCAUUCAUGCCAUUACCAGCAUUUGCGUCUGCUGAAAGAAUUAUCCAAGGAAGUGAAGCAGCUCUGGAAGGGGAGUGGCCAUGGCAGGCCAGCCUCCAGCUCAUAGGGGCUGGCCAUCAGUGUGGGGCCAGUCUCAUCAGUAACACGUGGCUGCUCACAGCAGCUCACUGCUUCCGCAGAAAUAAAGACCCAAAUAGAUGGAUUGUCACUUUUGGUGUAACUAUAACACCACCCACAGUGCAACGAAGUUUGAAGAAAAUUAUCAUUCAUGAAAAUUACCGUAGAGAAACAAAUGAAAAUGACAUUGCUUUGGUUCAGCUUGCAACCCGAGUUGACUUUUCAAAUGUAGUUCAGAGAGUUUGCCUCCCAGAUUCAUCCAUAAAGUUGCCACCUAAAACAGGUGUAUUUGUCACAGGAUUUGGAUCCAUUGUAGAUGAUGGACCAACACAAAAUAAACUACGGCAAGCCAGGGUAGAAACCAUAAGCUCUGAGGUGUGUAACAGAAAGGAUGUGUAUGACGGCAUGGUAACUUCAGGAAUGUUAUGUGCCGGAUUCAUGGAAGGAAAAGUAGAUGCCUGUAAGGGAGAUUCUGGUGGACCUCUGGUUUAUGAUAAUCAUGAAAUCUGGUACCUAGUUGGUAUAGUAAGUUGGGGACAAUCAUGUGCUCUUCCCAAAAAACCUGGGGUCUACACAAGAGUGUCUCAGUAUCGAGACUGGAUUGCCUCCAAGACUGGUAUCUAG